CACCUCCAAUCGGCUCCAUCACAAGCAAAGUGUGGUUCAUCGUUCAGGAAAGGAAAGAAAGCAAACAAAGCUCGAUCAUGUUUAAGUUGAUUGCGGUACUGAGCUGCCUCGUUGCCAUCGGAAUGGCCAUGCCGGCGGUGGAACUUCAGCAGCCAAUUGCAUCGGCCGAAACCCAGGACAGCCCAGCGGUGCUGCUUGUACAAGCCGAGGACGACAGUGAGGACAUGGCCGGUGCUGAGACGGCUCACCACGGUUACGGCGGCUACGGAGGAUAUGGCGGUGGCUUUGGAGGAUAUCCUUACGGAGGAUAUGGCGGCGGUUUCGGCGGAUUCGGUGGAUUCGGCGGCGGAUACGGUGGAUACGGUGGAUACGGAGGAUACGGACACGGAGGAUACGGACACGGCCAUCACCAUCACCAUCACGGAUAAGGCGAAAGCACGAUUCAACCCAUCUGUUCUACCUCACUGUGAUCAGCAUCCAUCCGAGAAACGAAUGCAUUUUAUGUUGUACUUUA